CUAGUCAGGAGGGGGUUUCAACUUUUCGAGCGCACAGGGGUGACUCAGGAGACCGCCGUGGCGUGAUUCGGGAAAGCUGGUUUCAUGGCGUCGUCGCGAAGAUAAUUGCGACGAAAAUAUCUCCGAGGGUUGGCGACUGUUCGCAGAAAUGUUGCGAAGGGCAGGAACUUUUCUGGGCUCUAGGGAGCAGGUUUACCACCAAGAGUAGGGGCUUGCGCAGGACUGUUGGCCCAAAGGCGUGGGAAGAUGCAAGAGGGCUGCAUUACAGGCGAGGAAGACGUAUGAUAUAGUUUAGCGAGGGCACUUUGUGUCAAAGAAUGGAAGAGCAGGUCCAGCAGGGAGAGAUGGACAACGAGCUGGAUGGAUAUCAGAUUUUGAGGAGAAUGGGAGAGGGUGCUCAAGGGCGGAUCUUUUUGGUGAGGGAGAAACCGGAAGAUGGCCCAGGGGCGGGGAGCAGGAAGAAGGAGUGGGUCAUGAAGAUGGUUUCGCUGCCUUCCAAGUUCCCCCAACCUCAGCAGUAUGAGGAUGCCAUCAGAGAGGGCUCUACGAUGCAGUAUCUGCACCAUCCUUGUGUUGUUUCAUGCAAGGAGAGCUUCGUGCAUGAGCAGCAGACUCUGUGUAUUGUCAUGGAGCAUUGCAAGGGCGGCGACUUGUGCACGCGGAUCAAGCAGCAGGCAGAGUUGGGACAAAGCUUUCCAGAGGACCUUGUCACUGAUUGGCUGGUGCACACUCUUCUUGCGCUGGAGUACUUGCAUAAGCAGAGGAUUCUGCAUCGAGACAUCAAGUCUGAGAACAUCUUCUUGCAUCAACCUCUCAGUGGGGGGCCUCAGAUCAUCACUGCACAAUUGGGGGACUUUGGCAUAGCUCGUGUGUUGGACUCAUCUGACGCUCUAGCCUCAACGUUCGUCGGGACGCCAUACUACAUGUCCCCCGAGUUGUUCAAGGGGAGACCUUACAAUUACAAAACUGAUAUCUGGGCUCUUGGGUGCGUUCUCUACGAGUUGCUCUGCCUACGGCAACCCUUCAAAGCGAAAAACUUUCCGGACCUUGCGGCAGAGGUCACGAGGGGCCUCUACCCCCCAAUCCAAUCAAGCUAUAGUGCCGAGAUUCGGAACGUCGUCGCGUGCAUGCUCACGCUCGACCCGCAGCAUCGGCCCCUCGCCUCAGAGCUUUUGGAGCUGCCUUUCUUGAGGGCCCGUGCCAAGGCCUUCAUCACUGCGCACGCCACCGCCGCCCCCCCCCAGCACCGCCGCGGGGCCGGCCGCGCCUUCAACCCCGUGGUCCUUUACCACAGUCUCCGUGAUCAGGCGCGCCGCCUGCACCUCGUCUGCUCUCCCGAGCUCCGGGAGUCCGGCACAGAGACCGAGACCAGCACCUCCUCCGAUUGCUCUCCUGCACGCGGGCGCUACCCCGCGGAAAUGACACCUCCUCAGGCCCCUGAUCUUUACACGCGGGGGGGUCCCGCACCCUUCCCGGCCACCCCCCGGUUUGCGGAGUGGCCUCCCCAAAGCGGGGACGUUGGCGGGUCGUCCCCAAGCCCCCCACCGGAGCCGCGGCCGCCUUCUGGACGGCCGAGCGUCCUCUCCGACCCUCCACCCACGAGGGCGUCGCCGCUGUAUCGCCCAAUCCCGAUCCGGGCAGUGCCGUUCUGCCCCCCAAAUAUGCGGUACGAUCGAAAAGAGCCGUACGAAGAGGGGCCAGGGCCGCCCAACCGGAAGGGUCCCCCGGGCUGGAGUCUCUUGCACCGGCCGCCCAUGUACAAGGCCGAGUCCGCUCCGACGUGCUACCAUGUGACCUCGGGCGAAGACCUCUCGCGGAGCGGAUCGUCGUUGGAAGAUCAGUAUGGGCCCGGCGAGCCCGGGUGGAACGUCGACUCCAAGGGGUCCUCGAAUUGGGAGAACACGGGGAUGGACUAUUACGGCGAGGGGCUGGGCAACCCACGGGGCGUGCGGGAGAUGCGCGAGGCGCGGGUGAAGCGGCGGGAAGUCACGGCGGCGCACCGCGCGCGGCGCUCGCCGCGGAGCCCCCAGCAGGCGAGCCUGAUCGAGGCGCUCGACCGCGACAUGAUUCUUGGUGACGACGAGGCCGAAGACAAGGAAGUGGUCCACGUGUUCCACGUGGACGCGUCUAGUUCGUCCCCCGAGCUCAACGAAGAAGGGUACGAGGUGAUUGGGUGCAGCUCUGCAGUCUUCCCCAGUGCUACUCGGACGCACCACCGCGGGUCCGUUUCGGACGGUCACCAGGUGUUCGGCAUCUGGCCCGUUUCGGACGCUGACUUCGGGAGCUCCGGCGGUCGGACGUCCAGCGCCCGCCCAAUGCCUUUCGCGGCCUAUGUGUCCGAAGGAAAGGCCCCCAGUGCGUUCUCGGUGUAUCGGCGACCUCCCCAGGCUGCUUCUUCAUGGAAGGCGUACGAGCCAGCGGGUCGAGCUUUGGAAAAUGUCGGGAAGGCGGGGAUGCGCCCCGCCCCCCUGCCGUUGCGACCGGACACUGUCAGCCCCCACAAGCCACUCAGGCAGCCUGUCAGCGACAGCGCCUUACUCCUGACCCCUGAAUGCGUCACGGUCCAGUACAAGAGCCCCUCACCGCCCAUCGGGCCCCCGCCAAAGUCCCUACGACCCGCGGUCACUGUUCGGUCGCGGAGGGCCGUGAAUCCCGCCAAUGCCCCCUCCAGAGAACCAACCCCUCCCCAUGACCUGAACGGCCAACCCUCACGUGUCCGGAUGUCAAGACCUUACGCAGCUGCGGACGCGACACCUCCGGGAAGCCGCUCGGAGGGGUCGGGGGAUCCCCCUGCCAGCGACGGCCGCUCGACCAGCCCCGAGGAAGGGGAGGCCGAGGGCCGGAACGGAUCUUCCCAGGGGAGAGAUAGCAACGGGUCAUCCGGGGGGGGGAGUUCGACGGAGGCGCGGAGCGCGUCGAGCAGUGAGACCGUUCAUGGGGGGUCGGGGUCGAGCAGCAGUAUGAGCAGCAAGCAUUUCGACAUUGCGGUGUCGCAGGCGGUGCGCGAGGAGACGGCUCGGAGGAUCGAGCGAGGGGCGGCGACCGUGCGGAGAGAGCGAGCAACCAGGGACGGGUCGUUUGGGGGCGCGACGAGCGCUGGCGAGUACGCGCAAGUUAGACCCAGGGGGCGGAGUCUGAAAGAGGCCUCCGGGGAGUUUCUGCUGCAAAACCGGCGGCACCAUAGUGAAGGGGAGUGCGCGCUGGCGCAAGGGCUGCCGGCGGCCCAGCCAAGCGAGCGCCGGGGGAGCAGUGUGUUGGAGAGACCGCCGAGAGCGAGCAAGGGAGGUCUGGCGGAGGGUGCCGUGUCGCAGGGGGAGGAGACGGAGAGGAUACGCUAUGGGGCGGGGCUGGGAAGCGACACGACAACUUCCCACCAUCCCAUCGUUAGAGCGGUGUCCUCCGUAUCGGAGGGCGCCCGCGAUCUUCCUGCCCGGACGGGCCACUUCGUCCGGAGAGCGCACCACUCGACGGCCGCCGGAAGCGCGCCGCUCGCUCGCGCGCCCGUGAACAAGGCCCCCGUGUCCGCCAGCGCCCCACCCAGUGCCAGGCACAGCCUCGGAGGCCCUGUUUCCGGCGACGUGAACAGCGUCCCGCGGGCGUUUCAGCGGGGCGCGGCGUACUACUCCGACGGCGGGGACGACUGGAACGAGCCGUCCACGUCCGGCCAGAUGGCAGUCGAUGAUAGGCGGAGGAAGGCGGGUUUGCGGCCGCGCGAGCACCCGCUGUUUGCGGACCGGACGGAAGGGAGGGCGCGGUUCGAGUACGAUCUUGCGCACAUGCACGAAGGGGGGCAGAACGCGCGGAGAUGCACGAUAGGCACUCCCGGGGGGGUGCUGAAAGAUGGGGUCAGUAGCCAGGCGAUUGUGAAGGAGUCGUCGGCUUACCAGGCGCCGUUGUUACAUAAUGAGGCGAGAGGGGCGAGACGCAGUUGGAAAGAAGAGGCCAGGUCUGCGGGCGUGGAGUGGUGGCGGCUGCCGCCGAUAACGAACCCCCCGCAGCAGAGCCUAGAAGGGGGUAGACCGCGCGGGAUUAACCCGCAGCGUACCGCAAUGGUAUUGUCUUAGCAGCACGCUUCUGGAGCGUAGGAAUUUUGGACUAACGCGGUGCAUGCGCACUCUUACGGUUGCUUCUGGACGGGCAGGUAGACGCGAAAAGCUGCGCAGAGAUACGCUAACGUCAGGUUAGAGUUCAAGAGAUUACUUAGGGCAACGCUUAAGCCGAGGUCUCUUGACUUUGGGGGGCUGGAGACGGGAAAACCGUAGGUUUUUUCUCGUUGUGUGUGGGAGUUUGGAAGAGGUUUAGAAACAAUCAUAAAGACCUUGCUGGUAUACAUAGAUGGUUUUGGGGUGCGCCCUUACACAAACAAGAAUCCAAGUGAAGGUCAAAGGAGACGAGGGGGAGGAACAUCGUCGAGCUUAUUGCCGAGUCAAUGUUGUAGUUUAGCACGGAUCAGGUUUUUCUAGCUAGGUCGACUGGUUAACGUCCCUUCCGGGUCACGUCUUUGGGACGCUGUGCUAAUUGCGUAGUUCGUUGGCAACUACUUUUGGAUAACUUUGUUCUCGG